AUGGCGGCGACGGAUACGAAGCCGGUGAGCGAGGAGGACGCCAAGCGGGCCGAUGAGCUCAAGCAGCAGGCGAACGACCUGUUCAAGGAGAAGCACUUCGCCAAGGCCCUCGACCUCUACUCGCAGGCCAUCGACCUGAACCCCUCCAAUGCCGUCUACUACGGCAACCGCGCCUUCGCGCACCUGAAGCUGGAAAACUACGGAGCGGCCGUCUCCGACGCCUCGGCGGCCAUCAAGAUCGACAACACCUACGUCAAGGCGUACUACCGCCGCGCGGACGGGCACAUGCGGAUGCUGCAGUUCAAGGAGGCGCUCAAGGACUUCAAGCUCGCCGCGCGCGUGGCCCCGGGCGACCCGGACCUCCGGCGCAAGCUCAACGAGUGCGAGAAGGAGGUCAAGCGCAUGCGGUUCGAGGAGGCGCUGCGGUCCGAGCACGCGGACGACAAGCCCGCGUCCGAGCAGGUCGUCGUCGGGGACAUCGUCGUCCCGGACAGCUACCAGGGCCCGCGGAUGGAGGCGGACGGGCAGGGCGGGUACAGGAUCUCGCGAGAGUUUGUGCUGGCGAUGGUGGAGGCCUUCCGCGCGCAGAAGACGGUGCACCCGCGGUUCGCGUACGAGAUCAUCUUCGAGUGCCUGCGGCAGUUCAAGGAGCUCCCGUCGCUCGUGGACGUGGCCGUCGCGCCCGGGACGGACAUCACGGUGUGCGGCGACACGCACGGGCAGUUUUACGACCUGCUCAACAUCUUCGCGCUCAACGGGUGGCCGUCCGCGGAGAACCCGUACCUGUUCAACGGGGACUUCGUGGACCGCGGGUCCUUCUCCGCGGAGGUCAUCCUCACGCUCAUGGCCUUCCGCGCGCUGGACCCCACGUGCAUGCACCUGGUGCGCGGCAACCACGAGACGCGCGCGAUGAACCGGAUCUACGGCUUCGUCGGCGAGGUGUCCGCGAAGUACUCCAAGAUCAUGUCGGACGUGUUCAACGACGCGUUCGACUGGAUGCCGCUCGCGUACGUCCUCGACAAGAAGGUCUUCAUCACCCACGGAGGCCUCUUCGGGCGAGACGACGUCACGCUCGACGACAUCCGCGCGAUCGACCGCGUGCGCGAGCCCCCCGAGGGCAGCAUCAUGUGCGAGUGCCUCUGGUCGGACCCGCAGCCGCAGAACGGCCGCUCGGAGUCCAAGCGCGGCACGGGCACGCAGUUCGGCCCCGACGUGACCAAGGCGUUCCUGGAGCGCAACGGGCUCAAGCUGCUCGUGCGGAGCCACGAGGUGAAGGAGGACGGCUACGAGAUCGCGCACGACGGGUACUGCGUGACGGUGUUCUCCGCCCCCAACUACUGCGACCAGAUGGGCAACAAGGGCGCCUUCAUCCGGUUCACCGCGCCGGACAUGGUGCCCAAGUUCACGCAGUUCGACGCGGUCCCGCACCCCGCCGUGCGGCCCAUGCAGUACGCCAACCCCCUGCUGUCGCUCAUGGGCGGCGCAUGA